AUGCUGGAUCUUAAUCUGAACGUCGUCGGUUCUGGCCCAAACGACGUCGAGUCGUGUGGCACCCAAAUGGACGAGUCGGGGACGUCGAACUCGUCCGUGGUCAAUGCCGACGCAUCCAGCACCAACGACGACUCGUGCUCCACACGCGCCGCCAGAUACGACGCCGUCACGACCUUCAACUUCGAUAUUCUCAAGGUCAGGGGCGGAGAAGAUGAAGAAGACGAUGUCGUCGUGACUAAGGAGCUGUUCCCGGUCACCGGGGGCCUGAGCAAUUGGCCCGGCCAGGGGCAGUCGUCAGCGUCGUCGUCUUUGGUGAGGAAGAACUUGAUGGAGCUUGGGUUCGAUCAUGGCGGGUCCGGAGAGGUCAGGUUGGUUCAACAGAAACAACAGCAACCAGCCGCACCGCCACCACAGCAACAGCAGGUGAAGAAGAGCAGAAGAGGGCCGAGGUCUCGGAGCUCUCAGUAUAGAGGGGUCACCUUCUAUAGAAGAACUGGUAGAUGGGAAUCUCAUAUUUGGGAUUGCGGGAAACAAGUGUAUUUGGGUGGAUUUGACACUGCUCAUGCUGCGGCUAGAGCCUACGAUCGAGCUGCUAUUAAGUUCAGAGGAGUUGAUGCUGAUAUCAAUUACAACCUCAGUGAUUAUGAGGAGGAUUUGAAACAGAUGAAGAAUUUGACCAAGGAAGAAUUUGUGCACAUACUACGGAGGCAGAGCACUGGUUUCUCGAGGGGGAGCUCGAGAUAUAGAGGGGUUACGCUGCACAAAUGUGGCCGAUGGGAAGCUCGAAUGGGGCAGUUCCUUGGCAAAAAGUAUAUAUAUCUUGGGCUAUUCGACAGUGAAGUAGAAGCUGCAAGGGCUUAUGACAAGGCAGCAAUCAAAUGUAAUGGAAGGGAAGCAGUCACCAACUUUGAGCCAAGCACAUAUGAAGGGGAGAUGAUAUCUGAGGCUGGUAAUGAAGAUGGCGAUCACAAUCUUGAUCUGAAUUUGGGGAUAUCUCCCCCUUCAUUUGGCAAUUGUCAAAAGGAAGUCGAGGGGCAUCUUCAAUUCCAUUCCGGCCCUUAUGAUGGGCACAAUGGAAAGAGGAUGGAGCACAAUGUAAAUGCAACGAUGAGUGAUCCACCUUUCAAAGGGCUAGUAAUGACAUCACAGCACCCACCAUUGUGGAAUGGUGUAUAUCCUAGUUACUUUUCCAAUCAGGAAAGAGAAACAGAGAAGAGAAUUGCAUUAGGAUCUCAAGGACCCCCCAACUGGGCUUGGCAAAUGCAUGGCCAGGUCAGUGCUACCCCAAUGCCACUGUUCUCUACUGCAGCAUCAUCAGGAUUCUCAUUUUCAGCUACCGCUCCCUCCGCUGCUGUCCACCCCUUGCAACCCUCAACCCCAACAGCCCUCAAUCUCUGUUUUACUUCGCCAGCCACGGCUGCCGCCAAUACUUCUCAAUAG